UGAGUGAGGUCCUCCUCCUCUGAGCUGUGCCAGACGCGUCCCGAGCAACCUGCGCUCCUCGGCUGGAUUUUAAAAUUACACUGAAACAAUCACAAGAGACGCACCACCGCGCAUCACGCACCCUCACCGGACUUGCACCCGGGACGCAGACGUUUAACGCGAGGAUUAUUGUUUGUUUUAACCAUGAAGACGUGAAGGGUUUAAAAAAGCUGGAGAAAGAGCGACCAACUCCUCAACGGUACCACCGAACCAGUAACAAGGCGAAGAAGAAGAAGAGAAUCCGCAGCACCAGCAGAAGAUAUGAAGCUAAAGUCGUGUUGAAAACAUCCCAGAGAGUAUCAAGCCAUCCUGUGUGAAGCCCCGCCCUCCCUGUUUGGUCGGGGCCAGGUCGAUCCGUAACCCCUCCCUCUCUCCCUGCCCCCCUCCCCUCUCUGGAGUCAGGAUGGCCAACGCCGGAGCCCCUCGCCUCUCCCUGCCAGUCCUGCUGCCUGUCACCACACUGCUGCUAUCACUGCUGCUCACCAGCUCCCAGGCCUUAUCACCACCUCGCUUCACUAAAGUUCCUGUUGACCAGAUUGGCGUCUCAGGGGGAGUGGUCUCCUUCGUGUGCCAAGCGACGGGCGACCCCAAGCCCAGAGUGAGCUGGAACAAGAAGGGCAAAAAAGUCAACUCUCAACGCAUAGAGACCAUAGAGUUUGACGAGGGAGCCGGUGCCGUGUUGAGAAUCCAGCCUCUGCGGGCGCCGCGUGACGAGAACAUCUACGAAUGUGUGGCUGAGAACAGCGAGGGCGAAAUCACCGUCAACGCCAAGCUGUCAAUCAUCCGAGAGGAUCUGCUGCCUCAGGGUUUCCCCAACAUCGACAUGGGCCCCCAACUCAAAGUGGUGGAGCGGACCCGAACUGCCACUAUGCUGUGUGCGGCCAGCGGCAAUCCUGACCCCGAGAUCACAUGGUACAAGGAUUUCCUGCCCAUUGACCCUAGUGCCAGUGAAGGGCGAAUCAAACAACUACGUUCAGGUGCCUUGCAGAUUGAGAACAGCGAGGAGACGGACCAGGGGAAGUACGAGUGCGUGGCGUCUAAUGUGGAAGGCGUGCGUUACUCGUCCCCUGCUAACCUUUAUGUGCGAGUCCGCCGGGUGCCGCCUCGUUUCUCCAUCCCACCGACCAGUCAGGAGAUUAUGCCCGGUGGCAGUGUGAACAUUACAUGCGUGGCAGUGGGGUCACCCAUGCCUUACGUCAAAUGGAUGCUUAACUCUGAGGACCUGACUCCGGAGGAUGAGAUGCCUGUGGGCAGGAAUGUUCUGGAACUGAGCAGUGUCCGUGAGUCAGCCAACUACACCUGUGUGGCCAUGAGCAGCCUGGGCAUCAUCGAAGCUGUGGCACAGAUCACUGUCAAAUCUUUACCUAAGCCCCCAGGUAUGCCCGUAGUCACCGAAACCACUGCCACCAGUGUCACCAUCACCUGGGACUCUGGCAAUCCCGAUCCUGUCACUUACUACAUAAUCCAGUAUCGCGCCAAGUCCCCUGACAGCAAGUACGAGACUGUGGAUGACAUCACCACUACACGCUACAGCAUCGGCGGCCUCUACCCCAACACCGAAUAUGAGAUCAGAGUCUCAGCCGUCAACACAAUCGGCCAAGGUCCCCCCAGCGAGCCUGUCGAGACUAGAACUGGAGAACAAGCACCUGCCAGCCCGCCACGAAACAUCCAAGCGCAGAUUAUAUCUCAGAACACUAUGAUGGUGCGCUGGGAAGAACCAGAGGAGCCAAAUGGACAAAUCAAGGGCUAUAGAGUAUAUUACACCAUGGAUGAUUCACAGCCCAUUCACCUAUGGCAGAUCCACAAUGUACAGGACAGCAUCAUCACUACUAUACAGAGCCUGGUGCCCCAAGAGACAUACACCAUCAAAGUGCUGGCGUUUACCUCUGUCGGCGAUGGUCCCUUCUCAGAGCCAAUACAUGUCAAAGUGCUGCAAGGAGUUCCUGGUCAGCCGUCCAAAUUUCAGAUCGGUGCUGUGUCUGACACCAGUAUUGAACUCACCUGGGAGCCAGCCUAUGAGAAAGAAGGCAUUAUCAGCUAUAAACUCCACUACAGAGAAGGCGACUCUGGAUCUCAGAUGGUGAAAACAUUUGGACCCUCAUCUUCGUACGUCGUGGAAGGUCUGCGGCCCAACACAGAGUACCACUUCUCCUUGGCAGCUAUCUCUAACAAAGGCAUUGGAGCUUUUACCAAUGACAUUACUCAGAGGACCUUGCAAGCCAAGCCCUCAGCCCCCCCUCAAGACAUUAAGUGCAACAGCGCCAGCUCCACCACCCUGCUGGUAAGUUGGCGCCCCCCACCGGUGAAGAGUCAGAAUGGUGAGCUGGCGGGGUAUAAGGUGCGCUACCAGGUGGUGGGCGGGGCCGAAGGUGGGGCUGGUGAUGACGGAGAGGUGAUGGAGGAGGCCAGUGUGUCCGCGGCCGAGGAGCAGGUCCUGUUGCAGCGUCUGGAGAAGUGGACCCAGUACAGCGUCAGUGUGUCGGCGCUCACUGAGGUGGGGGCGGGGCCGGAGAGCGAGCCCCUGGUCUGCCGCACUGAUGAAGAUGUUCCUGGGGCUCCUCCCAGGCGAGUGGAAGUGGAAGUUCUGAACUCCACUGCAUUAAAAGUCAUGUGGCGUUCACUGAUACCUGGGAAACAGCAUGGUCAGAUCCGAGGCUACCAGGUCCACUAUGUGCGUGUGGAAAAUGGAGAGUCUCGGGGUCUUCCACUCAUCAAGGAUGUAAUGCUAGCUGAUGCCCAGGAAAUGGUGAUUGGAGGACUCAAACCAGACACCACUUACUCCAUCACUGUGGCAGCCUACACCACCAAAGGGGAUGGGGCGCGCAGUAAACCUAAACUGGUGGUGACCAAGGGGGCUGUGCCAGGGCCACCCUACCUGUCAGUGGCUCAGAACUCAGAGACUUCAGCCAUGGUUCGCUGGGACCCUCCAGACUUGGCUAAAGAAAUGGACUUGCAAGGUUACAGACUGCAGUUUGGACGAAAAGAUGUUGCCCCUCUGGCCACGCUAGAAUUUUCAGCUCAAGAGCGAGAGUACACUGUUGGCAAUAUUCACAGAGGGGCAGCCUACUUGUUUAAAAUCUCAGCCAAGAGCAGGGGGGGCUUCGGGGAUGAAGCUGUAGUGGAACUUAAUGUCCCGGAGAAUUCACCUGGAGGUUACCCACAGAUAAAUGAGGGGUCCAACGUGACGUGCUGCUCGGUGCAAGUGUCCUGGUCCCCUCCGGUGCUGGCUGAGAGGAAUGGGGUCAUCACUGAGUACACAUUGGCCUAUAAAGAGGCAGGGACUGGAGAAGCACCUCGAGAACUUCGCCUUCCUCCCAACCUGUCCACCUAUGUACUCAACAGUCUCAAACCCAACUCAGCAUAUGAUGUGAAAAUACGUGCUCACACCAGUGUAGGUCCGGGGCCCUACAGCCCCCCUAUGCAGUAUCGGACGGUGGCCUUUGACCCGACAGAUGUCCCAAAGAAUUUCACAGUCAAGUGGGCAACAAAGACCACAGUAGUGCUUUCAUGGAAGUUUUCUAACAGCAGAUCCCCAUAUAAGUGCACCAUUGAGUACAACCGGCAGAAAAUGGACGUGGAUGCCAGACAGAUGAGGGUCCUGGUGACUGGUCUGAGGCCGAACAGCACCUAUGAGUUCAGGGUGACCUGCCAGGAGAGCGUGGAUGGGGGUCCCAGGCACCGCAUGGUCGCCCGCACGGCACCUCUGCUCCUGAAGAAGCCCAAAUUGGACAUCUAUGCAGAGGCUGACAACAUGCUGACUAUGUCCUUCCCGCCGGUGGAGAGCAAGGAUGUCAAAAUUUAUUAUGUGGUUGUGGUGCCUCUAAAACGGACUUCAGGAACGGUCAAAAACCUCAAGAAUCCAGAUGAGAUGGACAUAGAAGAGCUGCUGCGUGAGGUGACCCCGAAACGCCGGACACGACGUCAGUUGGCCCAACUGGACCAGAAUAAGCCGUACAUCACAGCAUGUUUCAGACAGCUGCCCUCCAGCUUCACUGUGGGCUCAGACCACCGCCACAGCAGCUGUGAGAACAAGCCCCUGGAGCCAGCACGGGAGUAUGUCUUCUUCCUGUUGGCUGAACUCAACGCCACGUCUGGGAAAAUGUUUGCCACUAGUCCAUACACGGACACAGUGAUGACUCCAGUGUCCGAUGUGGACCCUUUGCCAGUGGAAACCGGAGGAGACGGACUCAUCUGGGUGGUGGGCCCAGUUCUGGCUGUGGUCUUCAUCAUCUGCAUCGUCAUUGCUAUUCUCCUGUACAAAAACCGUAAAAGAAAGGAGUCUGAACCUCGCACAAAAUGUCUGCUGAACAAUGCAGAUAUCACCCCGCACCAUCCAACAGAUCCAGUGGAAAUGCGACGAAUCAACUUCCAGACUCCAGGUAUGAUGAACCACCCUCCUAUCCCUAUUUCGGAGCUGGCGGAGCACACGGAGCUACUCAAAGCCAAUGACAACCUGAAACUCUCUCAGGAAUAUGAGUCUAUCGAUCCAGGUCAGCAGUUCACCUGGGAGCAUUCCAACCUGGAAGUGAACAAGCCGAAGAAUCGUUACGCAAACGUCAUCGCCUAUGACCAUUCGCGCGUCAUCCUGGCUCCCAUUGAAGGGAUCACAGGCAGCGAUUACAUCAACGCCAACUACAUUGACGGCUACAGAAAGCAGAACGCCUACAUCGCUACACAAGGUCCUCUGCCAGAGACCUUUGGUGACUUCUGGAGGAUGGUGUGGGAACAGAGGGCUGCCACUGUGGUGAUGAUGACCAGACUGGAAGAGAAGUCACGGAUUAAAUGUGACCAGUACUGGCCUAGUAGGGGCACGGAAACCUAUGGAAUGACACAAGUGACGUUGCUGGAUACAAUAGAAUUGGCCACUUUCUGCGUUCGUACUUUCUCUUUGCACAAGAAUGGUUCCAGUGAAAAGCGUGAGGUGAGACAGUUCCAGUUCACAGCGUGGCCUGACCAUGGCGUGCCCGAGUACCCCACCCCGUUCCUGGCCUUCCUCCGCCGGGUGAAGACCUGCAACCCCCCAGACGCUGGUCCUAUCAUCGCCCACUGCAGUGCGGGUGUGGGCCGAACAGGCUGCUUCAUUGUCAUCGACGCCAUGUUGGAGCGCAUCAAGCACGAGAAGACAGUGGACAUUUAUGGUCAUGUGACACUCAUGCGCUCACAGAGGAACUACAUGGUGCAGACAGAGGACCAGUACAGCUUCAUACAUGACGCGCUGCUGGAGGCUGUGGCCUGUGGGAACACAGAAGUGGCUGCACGGAGCCUCUACUCCUACAUUCAGAAGCUGGCCCAGGUGGAGAGUGGCGAGCACGUCACAGGCAUGGAGCUAGAGUUCAAGCGUUUGGCUAACUCCAAAGCCCACACGUCGCGCUUCAUCAGUGCCAACCUUCCCUGCAACAAGUUCAAGAAUCGGUUGGUCAAUAUCAUGCCCUACGAGACCACGCGUGUCUGUUUGCAGCCAAUCAGAGGCUUGGAAGGCUCGGACUACAUCAACGCCAGUUUCAUAGAUGGAUACAGGCAACAAAGGGCUUAUAUUGCAACACAAGGCCCUCUAGCCGAGACUACAGAAGACUUCUGGAGAAUGCUCUGGGAGAACAACUCAACCAUUGUAGUCAUGUUGACCAAACUUAGGGAGAUGGGAAGGGAAAAGUGCCAUCAGUACUGGCCAGCAGAGCGUUCAGCCAGAUACCAGUACUUUGUGGUGGAUCCAAUGGCUGAAUAUAACAUGCCACAGUACAUCCUGAGGGAGUUCAAGGUUACAGACGCAAGGGAUGGUCAAUCAAGAACAGUUAGGCAGUUCCAGUUCACCGAUUGGCCAGAGCAAGGAGUCCCCAAAUCUGGAGAAGGAUUCAUCGAUUUCAUUGGUCAAGUACAUAAAACCAAGGAGCAGUUUGGACAAGACGGACCCAUCUCUGUCCACUGCAGUGCUGGCGUGGGAAGAACCGGAGUUUUCAUCACCCUCAGCAUUGUGCUGGAGCGCAUGAGGUACGAAGGCGUGGUCGAUAUCUUCCAGACAGUGAAGAUGCUCCGGACGCAGAGACCAGCCAUGGUGCAAACUGAGGAUGAAUAUCAAUUCUGCUAUCACGCAGCUCUGGAGUAUUUAGGAAGCUUUGAUCACUAUGCAACGUAAAAAGCCAUCUCUUCCCCACCAGAACCCUGUCACUCCCCACCCCACCCUCGACAGUAUCCUGAGCCAUAGAAACUUUACAAUCUGACAGAAGAAGAAGACCAGGACACACCAAAAUGGAUACUAUUGUAGAUUUUCUUUCCAAAUAUCCGACCAACCAGAUUUCAAUUGGACUAAACGGCCUCUCAUAAGGAAGUGAGGAAAUGACCCAUCCAAAAGAGAAGAGAGGCUCCAGGCUCGACUGUGGGGCGGAGUAUUGAUCGAAGUGUCAGAGUGCUUUUACCUUACCUCAGCUCUCUCAGUGUGGACGACGUUGUAACAUUCGUGGAUAUUUCUCUCUUUCAAAACUAUCUGACACACAAGCAACAGUUAAUGAAGGAGAAGGUAACAGCUAAAUCAAUCAGUGCAGAUGGAUGUAGCCGGGUGACUUUCUCUUGUUCCUUUUGAUAUGCCUGGUUGUAAAAGGGCCUUUUCUAUAUUACACACAUUUUGUGGGUGAUAUUCAGAAGAACUAUGAAAAUCAUGGCUGCCUGAGUGAACACUGGUUGGCUAGUAGUGGAGACAACCAACAUUGUAAGUGGAAGCUAAUCUCCUUUUAGGAAAAUACAUAGCAUCUUUAUUUGCUUGAAGCAUUAACACUUUUCCAUAAACUCAGAUUAACACAAAAUUAUAAAUUUAAGGUACUAAGAUAUCAGACAAACUGACAAAGGGACAGGGAGAGAUGGCACCAUCAUUUUUACAAUCACUCCUAUCUAUGGCACCAGUGCAUCAUGGGGCUUUGCUGUCUACUAUCUCCAAGGACAACAUCUGUGGAUCUACAAGCUUUGAGACAAACCAACAGGGAAGGCCACACAACCGGGCCCUUCUUGUGUACAGUGACCAACAUCAACAUUACGAACCCUUUUGUCUUACAAGGAAGUCUCUUUUUUUUAUCAUUUCUGUCAAACCAAACAUGCUGCUUAUAUUGUGUGUGCUGUAUGUGUGACAUGGGAAAAAUGAAAUGGACAAAUGAACUAUUCCAACUUUGCUUAUGCUAAAGCACGCGUGUCUGAAGAGCAUCCCCAUGACAUUCUGCACCCCUGAGUUCUCCCAGCCUUCUCUAUAUCCAUGUGUUUCAUCGUAAAGACACUUGAGAGUGGAAGAGGCCUGAAGUGACUGAGAAACAACCCAGGCCUCUGAUCAUCUGUUUGUGAGUGUGCGUGGAUAAAACAAGUCGACAUUUGGCUUUGCAGUAUGUUCAUUUUUAAAAUAAUGUUUCCGCAAAGAACCAGACCUGGCAGCCAUGUCUCAGCUAAAUGAAUUGAUGUGAUAAUGAAAUCUUCGGUACUUGCACACACCCAUCUGAGAACAUUAGAAACUUGAAACCAGAACACCUGCAGGUUGCAUCGCUCACACUAUGGUACUAUGUGUGUGAUCUUGCACCGCUCUGGUCUGACAGACAGGGGGCGUGCUGAUUCUAUAUGAAUGACGGGUGUGCACAAAAAUCCAAGCGAUGGACAGAACUGUGUUUAAUCUCUUCUUAUUUCCAAAAAAGCCUUAUUGUUGUUGUAACAUUAUGGAAACAUUAAUGUUGUAUUAUGACAACUUAUUUUACUUUGUUACAUUUUCUAAUUUUUUCUUAUUUGUUUUUGUUUUGUUUUUAACAGAGAUAAUGUAUCACAUUUUUUUUAAAUAGCAGGAUAAAAGAAAUGCUUAUUUGUUCAUAUUAUGUUAAAAGACAUUCUAUUUUUUCACUGUAGAAAUGUUAAGUAUAACAUGCCUGUGGCCAUGUGUGCGUAUAUAUACAUAUUAUUGUAUGUGUAUGUACUGCACACUCACACAGGCAUAUAUAUUUAAAGCUAAAUAUAAAGAUAUAUCCAAACUUUUAGUAUAAAACUCAUCAAUGUUAUAAUAGCAGCCAGUUCAAACAUGAUUUUUUGGUGUGUAAUUGGAAAAUGAUAUUAUAUUGAAAAGGAGGUGCAUUUUUUUUACGUUUUCUCUAUUACUAUUAACUUUAGUUAGAAAUUAGUUGUUUUUUUAUUUUUUAUUAUUAAUGUUGAGAAAACAUUUAUCAACCAAAAUCUCAUUACAGGUCUAUAAUUUUAUUUUAUUUUUUUUUAAACAUCAUCCUGACUUGACAUGCUGUACUGUGUGAUAGUGUACACGUGUCUAAGGGCAUCAUAUUUCUCUGCAUUUCAGUUGAAUUUCUGUCAUUAUUUUGGUUGUAGAUCCACAAUUAUCUAGAAAUAUGCCUGUAAAUAAACAAAUAUAGAUUAUAUGUAUUUGUAUCAUUCGACCCUUGAGAUCUCAUACUUUAAGUGGGUACACAAAUGUUGAUUCGGAUUUCCUCUUUUCUACUCUCAAACAGAAAACACUCCUCUCAAGCCUGCUCCCAAAUAUUUUAUUAACAGCAUUUUUUCCCCAUUUCCCUUACAAGCAGUUGAACAUGGCAUUUUGUACUGUCUAUCUUCAAUCUCACUAUAUGGAGUUUUAUAAUCAGUGAAUCAACAGGACACAUGCCAGUUAAUAAAGUAUCAGUUAGGGGCAAAAUUGGAAAAUUGUGGGUUACAGCAAAUGCAAAAUUGACCCCAAGGUGUGAACAAGCCAUUAGUAGUAGUUAAAUAAUGAUAUGGGGGUAAGACCUGCUUAUAUUUCAUUGCUGAAGUCGUAAUAAAACACAACAAUACAAACCCCAAAGGUGAAAAUGCCUUAUAGAUGCCAAUGUGUGAAUUUUAAAUGAUAAAACACUGAGAUGCACAUUUUUGUCAUGUUUGCCUACUGUACUUUUGAACAUUGUAUGAAUUCAUUUUGUCUGAUUAUGUUCUACCAUGUUUUUGUUUUUUUUAUGGGAUGCAGUUAAAAUCAGGACUCAAUAGACAAGAGGAGAUAUGACAACACUGACAACCAAAACUUGCUGAGAAUUGACAUUUCUGAGCAUGUCUCUAAAACCAGUGGGAUGUUUCCUAAAAAUGAACUCCUGAAAACCUGAACUUUUCAACCCUUAAAAAAGGCUGGUCCCCAUGCCAAACGGUGGAAGUCUUUUUGGAAGCUUGUGCAAUGUGUUACUAUUUUUUAUGUAGAGGUUCUAGGCUAUACAAAACACAACCUACAUAAUUGGUGAAAUAUGUGGGUACAAAAAGAUACAUAGAAUAUUGAGCAUAGGCGAUACAGUAAAAGAACCCAAAUUUGGUGGUUUUCCUUUGUAUGAGGCAAGCACUAUCACCAUCAAACUGUUACUAUGGACUGAAAUAAGAAUUGGUUAAAAGCCACUGUGUAUGUAGAUAUGUUGACUUUGUAUUAAAGAAAUGUUGUC